UGCCCGCACUAACUUUUACCGCAAAGUAGACACGUUCCUUUCCGCGGGCCCCUUGUUAGAUCUCCUUAUGGAUGCCAUCCCCGACCGGCGAGCCACUCAUUGACCCCUCUUAUCCCACGUCUUCUUCUAUACACAACCCUACUUCUCCGCGAACACCCCAUUACCAAGUCAACACCACCGCUCGUACAGUGGAGCUGCAGUCGAGCUUGCGGACCUCAGUACAUACAGUUAGCAUAGAACGCGACACAAGAAACGCGCCGCACACCGCAGCCUCGCCGCUCCAGACGCGCGGGAGAGCGCCCCUCUGCUCACCUCUUCCUUCUCCGACCGCGAUUUUUCCUCCGACACCGAUCCACAAAUGAGCAAGCGCAACGCAAAGACGCCUAAAGAGCAGAACGGGCAGGCGAACAGCAGCGCGACCAUGAGCAACAUCCUCGAGCACCGGCGGAGGCACGGGUCCAUCGAUCUGAGCUCACCCGCGGGCCAGGCCGCCUCCCUGAUGCAGCGCCCGAGCUUUACGUUGGACGAUGCAGUACCAGAGCUAGACAAAGAUGGCGAGGGUCAGUCCAAGGGCUUCUCUGAGUUGUCCAAGAAGGAUCAGCGAAAUUUCUUGCUGCUGGUACUGUUGUACUUUCUGCAAGGUAUACCGAUGGGUCUCGCGAUGGGCUCAGUGCCCUUUUUACUCAAGAAGGCGGAUGCUUCGUAUUCGGCUAUCGGGGUCUUUUCCCUUGCAGCAUACCCGUAUUCACUCAAGUUGUUCUGGAGCCCGAUCGUGGACGCGGUAUGGUCGCCGAAGGUUGGACGCAGGAAGAGUUGGAUUUUGCCUAUCCAGACUGUCUCGGGCUUCUCCAUGCUCUGGCUGGGCUCUGUAGUGAACAGAAUUAUGAGCUCGGCUUCAGAGACUGAUGGCAGUGGAAUCUGGAACUUCACCUUCUGGUGGUUCGCAUUGGUAUUCCUCUGUGCAACACAGGACAUUGCGGUUGACGGAUGGGCUUUGACUCUUCUUUCGCAAGAGAAUCUCCCUUUCGCAUCUACAGCGCAAACCGUUGGUCUCACUGGUGGCCAGUUUCUUUCUCACACCGUCUUCCUCGCCUUCAACUCGGUCGACUUUACCAACAAAUGGUUCCGCUCAGCGAGUGCACCUGGCGAGACAGGCCUGAUGAACCUGGACAGUUACCUUACGUUCUGGGGCUGGGCAUACCUGGCCGUGACUCUAGGAUUGGCUUUGAUGAAGCGUGAAGAAAGGACGAAAGAGAGGGAAGGCAUCAUGGAAGUCUAUCAGACCAUGUGGGGGAUUCUCAAGCUUCCGAACAUUCAAACCUUCAUCGUGAUCCAUCUCAUUGCGAAGAUUGGCUUCCAAACCAACGACGGCGUUACAAGCUUGAAGCUACUUGCCAAAGGUUUCAGUCAAGAGGACCUUGCGCUGACGAUUCUCAUCGACUUUCCGAUUGAGAUGUCGCUCGGAUACUACAUUGGAAAGUGGUGCCAGACAUACCCACCCAUGCAUAUCUGGUCUAUGGCAUUCGUUGGACGGCUGGCUGCGGCCGGAUUUGCCCAAUUCGUCGUGUCCAUCUUCCCUGCGGGCGGCACGACGACGUGGUACCUGCUGCUCGUUAUAUGCGAGCACGUACUGUCGACGUUCAUGAACACAGUCAUGUUUGUUGCGGUCUCCGCUUUUCACGCGAAGAUAUCCGACCCGGUCAUCGGAGGCACGUACAUGACUCUGCUCGCCACUGUGUCCAACCUUGGUGGUACCUUUCCUCGCUAUUUUGUGCUCCGCUUUGUCGACUACUUCACAGUGGCAACGUGCGAGCCGCCUACCAAGGCCCCAGCAAACCUCAAGGGUGACCUUGUAACACAGGCCUUCUCUUGCGCGCUGGAGGCCGAUCGCCACCGGUGCGAGGCGGGCGGUGGUACCUGCCAUGUGCAGACGGACGGAUACUACGUGAUGAACAUGAUAUGCAUAAUCAUCGGAGUGGUGACUUUCUAUGGGUACAUCAAACCGGCGGUGACCAAGAUCCAAGCGCUACCGCUGCGGGCAUGGAGAAUAUCAUAGCACGAGCACAGCGAUUGAUAAGGUAGCACACACGGAGCACCCGUGGUGGGUCGGUCGCGUAGCUUAGCUAUAUAGCGUACAUGACGUGUGUAGAAUGCAAGAUGGUGUUUUGGACCAAAGCUGCAUGGCGCUCCACGUGCAGACCCGUCGGCGCGACAGGGCGGUGG